AGCACUAGCUUGACAGCUGCUCAGAACAUGAACGGAUUUGAGGAAGGUGUGGAGUUCUUGCCGGCCAACAACACCAGGAUGGUGGAGAAGGGCGGCCCGCGGCACGGGGUGGUGCUGGCAGCCGUGCUGGCUGGGAUCCUCAUGCUGUCCCUCAUGACUGGUCUGCUGGUCUGGCACUUCCAGUACCAGAACGUGCGGGUCCAGAAGGUCUUCAAUGGCUACCUGAGGAUCUCGAAUGAGAACUUUCUGGAUGCUUAUGAGAACCCCAACUCCACAGAGUUUGCAAACCUGGCCAAGAAGGUGAAGGAGGCGCUGAAGCUGCUGUACAGUGGGAUCCCGGUCCUGGGCCCCUAUCACAAGAAGUCGGCCGUGACUGCCUUCAGCGAGGGCAGUGUCAUCGCCUACUACUGGGCGGAGUUCAGCGUCCCCAAGAACCUGGUGGAGGAGGUGGAGCGUGCCAUGGCGGAGGAGCGCGUGGUCACCCUGCCGCCCCGCGCCCGCACCCUCAGCUCCUUCGUGCUGACCUCGGUGGUGGCCUUCCCCACCGACCCCAGGACAGUACAGAAUGCCCAGGACAACAGCUGCAGCUUCGCCCUGCACGCCCGCGGCAGUGAGCCCAUCCGCUUCUCCACGCCUGGCUUCCCCAACAGCCCCUACCCGUCUCAUGCCCGCUGCCAGUGGACCCUGCGGGGGGAUGCCGACUCCGCACUGAGCCUGACCUUCCGCAGCUUCGACGUCUCCACCUGCGACGAACACGGCAGUGACCUGGUCACGGUGUAUGACACCCUGAGCCCCGUGGAGCCCCGGGCCGUGGUGCAGCUGUGUGGCACGUACCCUCCCUCCUACAACCUGACCUUCCUCUCCUCCCAGAACGUCCUGCUCGUCACGCUGGUGACCAGCACAGAGAGGCGGCACCCCGGCUUCGAGGCCAUGUUCUUCCAGCUGCCCCGGAUGAGCAGCUGUGGAGGCUACUUACGUGGAGCCCAGGGGACGUUUAGCAGCCCCUACUACCCAGGCCACUACCCGCCCAACGUCAACUGCACCUGGCACAUCGAGGUGCCCAACAACCAGAACGUGAAGGUGCGCUUCAAGGCCUUCUACUUGUUGGAGCCCAACGUCCCCCUGGGCUCCUGCUCCAAGGACUACGUGGAGAUCAAUGGGGAGAGGUUUUGUGGAGAGAGGUCCCAGUUUGUCGUGAGCAGCAGGAGCAGCAAGAUCACUGUCCACUUCCACUCCGACCAGUCCUACACCGACACGGGCUUCCUGGCCGAGUACCUCUCCUAUGACUCCAGUGACCCGUGCCCGGGCAAGUUCAUGUGUAACACGGGGCGGUGUGUCGCGAAGGAGCUGCGCUGCGACGGCUGGGCCGACUGCACCGACUACAGCGACGAGCGUGACUGCAAAUGCAACGCCACCCACCAGUUCACGUGCGGGGACAGCUUCUGCAAGCCCCUCUUCUGGGUGUGUGACUCCGUGAACGACUGCGAGGACGGCAGUGACGAGAAGGGGUGCAGCUGUCCCGCUGACACCUUCAAGUGUGGCAACGGGAAGUGUCUGCCGCAGAGCCAUCGCUGCGAUGGCAAGAAUGACUGUGGCGACGGGUCCGAUGAGGCCACCUGCGACAGAGUGAGCACUAUCACGUGCACCAAACAGACCUACCGCUGCCUCAACGGGCUCUGUAUCAGCAAGGGCAACCCCGAGUGUGACGGGAAGAAGGACUGUACUGAUGGCUCGGAUGAGAAGAAUUGUGACUGCGGGUUGCGGUCCUUCACCAGACAAUCUCGGGUCGUCGGGGGCGAGAAUGCAGACGAAGGCGAGUGGCCCUGGCAGGUGAGCCUCCACGCCCUGGGCCAGGGCCACGUGUGUGGGGCGUCGCUCAUCUCUCCCGACUGGAUGGUGUCGGCCGCCCACUGCUUCGUCGACUACCGAGGAUUCAGGUACUCAGACCACAGCAUGUGGACCGCCUACCUGGGCCUGCACGACCAGAGCCAGCGUAGCGCCCCGGGGGUGCAGGAGCUCCGGCUGCAGCGCAUCAUCUCCCACCCCUACUUCAACGACUUCACCUUCGACUACGACAUCGCGCUGCUGCAGCUCGAGCGGCCAGUCGAGUACAGCCCCACCGUGCGGCCCAUCUGCCUGCCCGACGCCACGCAUGCCUUCCCCGCCGGCAAGGCCAUCUGGGUCACCGGCUGGGGCCACACGCAGGAGGGAGGCAUCCCAGCUAUUUCCAGGGUUUGCUCGUCGUCCCUCCCGUCGGGGCGCCGCGCCGGGGACCCUCCCCACGCCCGCAGCUCGGCCCCUGGGCGCUGA